AUGAGUGUCCAUCUUAUUUUACCCGAGGGAGGCAUCCAACUUAUCGAUAAACGGGACGUACACGCGUGGGAAUCGGGCUGGCAGACCUUCAAUGUAACCGCUGCCAUAAAACUGUGGGCUCGCUUUCCGCUGACCAACCACGGGCUCAAGAUUGUUGUCCAUCACGCUCACGAGGAGUUGAGCCCGCACUCGUUCGGGUUAGUGGGUACACGCGGGAAUUUGGAAAAGCGGCCGUACCUCGUGGGCUUCGUGACGACCACGCGUGUUUUUCCCACGUUCACGCCCGAACUCGUGGUUCCCCCGCGCGAACGUCGCGCAGCACAGGAAAAACGGAAAUCGACGGGGAAAUGCAAACUAAAUAAAUUUUAUGUCGACUUUAAAGCGGUUGGCCUCCAUAACACUAUUAUCGCACCGCCGGGCUAUGAUAUGUUUUUCUGUCAAGGCUUAUGCAUCUAUCCAUUUGAUUCAGCCGAAACAACCAACCAUGCAGCGCUUCAAAGUUUGUAUAAUUUAUUCGACAGUACGGCGGCCCCCGAACCGUGCUGUGUUCCAGGAAAUCUGGAGUCGAUUAAUUUGCUGUUCUUCGACAACGACGGCAACAUCGUGUUGAAAGACCAUCCGAAAAUGGUAGCGACGUCGUGCGUGUGUCUCUGA